GUCUGAUCUAGGAUCCUCCACCGGUUGACCUGUCCUGAUCAACCUUACCACUACUAAUACAGACAAUAUAUGAAUUCGAACCGCAUAAUAUCUUCCUCCCGCCAAGAGUGCCGCCGUCAGGAAACUCAGACGAAUCGCAUCCGUUGAAAUUCAUCGAUCUUGCCCCAAUAGCUUAGGAGCAGCACUGCAUCAUGGCGGCGACAACAUCCUCAACCCAGGGCUGGGCCCAGUUACGACAACAAGCCCGAUCGCUCGAAACACAAACCGAAAUGCUCCUCCAUACAUACGCCCAGUUCUCGAACCAGACCAAUAUCCCACCGAAGCCGACAGAAGAGGAAAGGCAUACGGAAACGAGACUACGGGAGCUUUUGGACAAACGCGAGUCCGUAAUCUCCCACCUCACCCGCCUCCUCACCUCGGACCCCUCCCCCUCAGCGCUCAAACAAAACAACCUCUCCCUUCUGCGCGACAAGCUCUCGGACCACCGGCGGGAUCUCUCCCGAUUGCGGUCGACGCUCGAGUCGGCCCGCACGCGCGCCAACCUGCUAGGCAGCGUGCGCGACGACAUCUCGGCAUACCGCGCCGCCAACCCUGAGCAAGGCGAGGCCGACUACAUGCUGGACGAGCGGGGCAGGCUGGACCGCAGCCACGAUGUGGCCGACAGCGUGCUGAGCCAAGCGUACGCGGUGCAGGACUCAUUCGCGUCCCAGCGAGAGCGGCUGGCGCACAUCAACCGGCGAAUUACUCUUGCGGCGAGCCAGGUGCCCGGAAUCAACACCCUGAUCACGAGGAUAUCGGCGAGGAAGAGACGGGAUGGGAUUAUCAUGGGCUCAUUCAUUGCGUUUUGCUUCUUGAUGUUCUGGUUCUUCUCCUGAGCGGCGGUGGCGAAAGACGUGGGAGAGCGCUUCACGAAAAUGAGAGAGCGGAGAAAUUCUGCUCGAGGACGGUUAUGCGGCUCACUUCUCGUUGAGCGCAGGCUAUGGAUCUUUGGAAGCGUGACAGGAUCGCAUCUUCC